CUCCAAUGUAGAGCCCCAAAGGCUACACCUUCACAAAUAAACCUCUGAAUUCGAGCCAUUGUGAUUGUGCACAGGCUGAGUUUAAACGACAUCAGUCGCAUAUAACCAUUUCAGUAGCAUUUGGCCACAACGUAAAGUACCACUACGACUCGAAACCGUGGUUGAAUAAUAGUAUCAAGACGAUGCACGGGCGGGUCCGGGCUGCUUUCAUGCGUGGAGGGACCAGCAAGGGUCUUUUUUUCAGAGAGAAGGAUCUGCCAAAGGAUGCAGCGCUUCGAGACAGCAUCAUCUGUCAAGCCAUGGGUAGUCCCGAUGUCUACGGACGCCAACUCAAUGGCAUGGGUGGGGGGCUCAGCUCACUAUCGAAAGUAAUGAUACUCUCAACACCCCCAAAGGCUUCACGGCGAUCUCGUAAAGUGGCACAUGUGGCUAAAUGUGCGGAGGUACAUUAUUCCUUCGGCCAGGUGGAUGUCGCUUCGAAAACAAUAGAGUGGAACGGGAACUGUGGUAACCUGACCACCUGCAUUGGUCCGUUGGCUGUAGACUGGCAACUGGUGCCAAGACAAACCACGUGGAACAAAGCGACCCGAGUAAUGGAGAAACAUGGCAGCGCCGGCCCUCUGGAUUUCCCAGGAAACAGAGCAGCACGUAUCCACUCCUCUUCUACCUGCCGGCAGGGCUGGCACGUGUUGAACCACGGACAGCCUGUACCCAUCGACCUCCUCCUGAAGAAUACCAACACCGGCAAGUUUAUCACAUCACGUUUCCACGUGGCGCAGCACCGCGAUGGUAUGUACUAUAGUACACCACACCCAGCACAAGAUGAGCGCGAUGGUAGCACACAGGACUGUUCAAAUACCACACCAAACGGACCGGCAGGUGCAGACAGUGGGACACCAUCGGGACAGGAGCGGACGGAUGAGACUGUGACCAUACCCGGCGUAGACCAACGGCACCUACCCGUUGAGCUAGAGUUCGCUGAGCCUGCAGGGGCGGUGACUGGGCGGUUGCUCCCCACAGGCAAUGCAUGUGACACGCUGCAGAUUGAGGGGAUGGGUUCGGUUGUGUGCAGCAUUGUGGAUGCCACUACUCCGUGUGUGUUUGUGCGAGCAAGUGAUCUUGGCCUAACGGCUACCGAACUGCCUAAUGCGCUAGAGGCACGGAUAAGAGAGUUGGAGCUUCUGGAGAGGGUGCGUAUCGCAGCCCGCGAUACCAUGGGGAUUGCCAGUGCCUCCAGUUCGGUACCGAAAGUUGCGAUAGUAGGGACAAGCGCGGCUGCGGAUUCAUUGGCGAAGGGCCAGGGUAUGUCUCACGAUGAGAUGGACAUCCACGUCAGGAUGUUGAGUAUGGGCAAGCCCCACAAGGCUAUUCCGUUGACCGGGGGUAUGUGUGCGGCUGUGGCUGCCGUGGUACCUGGCUCGAUUAUCGCGGAGUUCAUACAUGAUGAUAGUGUGUCCGCCAAGACGGCCCCUGAAUUGAAGGGCGAUGCAGCGACAAGUCCGGAGAAGAAGCAAACGGUACGCAUAGGCACGCCGUCGGGAGUGGUUGAGUUCACAGUACGGAGCAGUAUAAUGGACAAACCCAGUCCGAAAGUGGCAUCUAACAGGACAACGGAGGAAACACGUGGGAAACAAUCAUUGUGGAAAGGUGCAAAGGUCGAUGCUGAAGGAGUGCAACUAGAUAGCACGGCCCAAGAGUUGUCAGAAGAUGAGAAGUACCAGCGGGAUGGUAUAAAGUAUGGGCUAAUUGUGCAUUCGGUGGGUGUGAUUCGCACACAGCGUAUGUUAAUGGACGGUAGGUUGUACUUCUGAAUGUCAAGCUCACACAGACUAGACCCACAUGCCGAUUCAUGAGAGGGGAGUGCGACCUAGGUUGCCGGUACAGUGGCGUCCAUCAUGCCAGAGAGAUGACUUCAAGGUUAUAUCCCAGUCCAGCUUGAUUCCACAGUACAUGAUAUCUUGUAUAGUCAUCUCAAGCAUAUCGGCACUCAUAUUGCACCAACAAGGACUACUCAAUUUGUAUUUAAUAGCUCUUGGUAUAGCUGGGUAUAUCUCCAGAGCCAGCCGUCCCCAUUUCUUGUUUCUGGAUUCACCUGAGGACCUGCACUUAUCUGCUGGCUUGUACGUGCCCAUCGGAGGCAUCGAUAGCUUCAAUGCGACUUGACACAGGUAUAUCGCUCUGCUGCAAGAUUUCCCUCUGUUCCGGUUUCUAUUUACCAACCCGCUUCUCUCAUUUAAGCAACGGAAUGCAUAUACAGUGGCCAGUGCAUGUCACCGUAUUGAAGUCCGUUGGACACUACGUCGCAAGGAUCUGCGAUUGUCACAUAUGUCGCAACAAUAGUGGCAGUAACGAUGUUCAUGUCUCCUUACAACAUCUCAGUAUCACACGGAGUAUCAUAAAAAAUGCUCACAUACGUUGUAUUAGCUUUCUGGACAUAGCGUUGUCGCACAAGCGCAAAUAUCAUUCUACUCUAGGAUUCAAGUCACGUAUACUUAGCACGGCAUUCUAUAUAAAUUCGAACAAGUCUGUAACAUAUUGACGAUGUAAAUAAACUCGGACAAGUCUGUAGAUUGUCGUUGUAACUAACAAGCGAACAAGGAAUAUUUCGAAUCAGC